AUGCCCCCAAAGGCCAGUGCAACUCGCAAGCACACGAAGAUCACGAAAAAGUGUCCCUCGCGCAAGAAUGCGAAGGCAAUAAAAAAACCAGGGAAAAAUUCGGGUUUAAACCCGUCUUUGAAUUCAGAUGCAAGCCAGAUCGGUGUCCGUGUCGAACAACCUCAAGGUCCGGCAUCAUACCAGCAACUAAUUUCGUUAAUCGAAUCCGAAGGCAUGGACGAGGAUGAGGACGACGAGGACGAGGAUGAUGAGAUGGAGGAGGAAGAUGAUAUGGAGGAAGUCAAUAUGGAGGAAGCCGAUGAACAUCUCGCACAACCAGGUCCGUCACACGACUACUACUCAUCGUCCAUGCAGCCAGCUCCACCGCCGGACUCCCAGCAGCUCCCUCGACAACAUCUUGGGCAACCAGGCCCGUCGCACGACUACCACCCACCGUUCAUGCAGCCAGCUCCACCGCCGGACUCCCGGCAGCUCCCUCAGCAACAUCUUGGGCAACCAGGCCCGUCGCACGACUACCGCCCACCAUUCAUGCAGCCAGCUCCACCGCCGGACCCCCGGCAGAUCCCUCGACAACAUCUUGGGCAACCAGGCCCGUCGCACGACUACCGCCCACCGUUCAUGCAGCCAGCUCCACCUCCAGACCCCCGGCAGAUCCCUCGGCAACAUCUUGGGCGACCAGGCCCGUCGCACGACUACCGCCCACCAUUCAUGCAGCCAGCUCCACCUCCGGACCCCCGGCAGCUCCCUCGGCAACAUCUUGGGCAACCAGGCCUGUCGCACGACUACCGCCCACCGUUCAUGCAGCCAGCUCCACCGCCGGACCCCCGGCAGAUCCCUCGACAACAUCUUGGGCAACCAGGCCCGUCGCACGACUACCGCCCACCGUUCAUGCAGCCAGCUCCACCGCCAGACUCCCGGCAGCUCCAACAGCAACCAGCCCCUCAUGCUCACACUUACGGGCUCCCACAGAUGCCAUUCGCACCACCGGAACUCGUGUCUCGUGAGGCACAUCAAUUUGAUGUGCCCACACCGACAACCUUCAGGAAUAUCGGACACAUGCAAGAGCCGCAGAGGGAGGAAGAACGGACACGUUAUCUGGGACGCUUACCCAUCGACCUGCCCGGAAUUCGGAAGGUAUUCGUAUACGAUCCUCGCCGCCCACCCAAAGGCCACCGGGGACAACUGUUCCCAACCGGAGUUAUCAGAGCUACAGGAGACAUCACUGUUACUGCACCACUCCCGUCUCGCAGAGAGCUGCCUCCGGUGUCUACUCCUCCCUCGCCUAUCACUAAUUUGCCUGUGGCUGGCUCCGGGCCUGUGGCCAACAGUCCUGCACGCUCCCAUCCCUAUGCUCCCCAACGUCCGACUAAUGAGCAGUUCAAGAAAUUGAUGGAAGCCGCGAAGUCUAAUAUGCGCCGCAAGGUGUUACUAGAGAACGCUAUGCCCGAAACGGGCGUCAACAUGGCGAUGGCGGAGGCAGCGCUGUCGGCAGCUCGCCAGGACUUCAUGCCUGACGCGGAGGUUCCCAACUACGAAACCUUCCAUUAUGAUCUUAACCGUCCGUUGGACGCAAAUGCGGAGAUCGCGCACAGGAAACAACGCGUACUGAUACUCGUUGAGAAUCACGCGUACUUGUUUUUGCACGAAACGAAUGAUCCAGACUCGCUGGCCCCAGUCAAUCAUCCUGGCGUACACGCCAUCAUCGUUGCAGCUGUGUGGGAAACCGGCUUCCACACAGAGCUUGACAUAGACGACGUGGACGCUCUCGACAAUCUGAUUUCACUUGGCGGCGCUGCAACACAUUCAGUCCUCAUGGAGCAUCUCAACGGGAGACGUCAGACGGUGGAGUUUUCAGCAUCUUCGUCAUCUGGAGCAGAGUAUCGUUUCAUUCAACAACACAAUCUCACCAUUCGUAACGUUCCUGCAGUAUAUCACGCUUCCAUUUCUUUAAAGAAAGAUUUAGUUGAACGAGGUAUAUCUACUAUCAGUACGGCUAGUAUGUCUGAUGAUCUGUAG